AGCGGCGCCCCGAGCCGAGCCGAGCCGAGCAGAGCCGAGAUUAUGCCUAAGUGCCCCCGCUGCCAGAAGGAGGUCUACUUCGCCGAGAAGGUGACUUCUCUGGGAAAGGACUGGCACCGGCCCUGCUUGAGAUGUGAGAAGUGUAACAAGACCUUGACAUCUGGAGGCCAUGCAGAGCAUGACGGCAAGCCAUACUGCAACCACCCCUGCUACGCCGCCUUGUUUGGGCCCAAAGGGUUCGGCCGGGGAGGAGCUGAGAGCCACACAUUCAAGUAAACCUCAGGUCUGAUGGCCAGGGUUCCCAGCACAGCCUGAAGACAGCACAAACACACCGCGACAGACAUGCAUUUUUGAUUUUAAUUCACUCUGUACUAGACUAGCACAUUAAAAGCAAUAAGUAACCAAGGCUAGGGCUGGUGUGGAGAGGGGCUCUGCUCCAGAUGGAGCGCUGCCGGGACGGGGGCUGUGGGAUGCCCUGCUGGAUAGGAAAUUUGGCCUGUAUUGCUGAAGGCCACCUGGAGAGGAGACCGCACCCUUCCAGCCAAAACCCAGCCCUGCUUUUGGCACCCGGCUCUCAUGGAUGGGUCCACAGCUGUAUUCUCAACCUUUAAUAAACCAAAAGAUGCUUCCCCUAUGUA